AUGACAGAUAUGCCCGAUGUUACCUAUGGUGGCAAAGGCCCUUUGUUGCUUGGGGUGACCUGGUCGGAGAUGGGCCUUGCGCUCAUUCUCAUCGUCCUGAGAGCAAAAACGGCCUCUGUGUGCCCGCCAGGUCAGCCCUCCUCGGGGAUAUUUGGGCUGCGAUGGGAUUUUGUAUGGGUCAUUCUGGCUUUUAUGGUCGCGUUAGCGGCUCAAAGCACCGUUACUGUGAGCGUUCAAUACGGACUCGGCAAUCAUCAGAACUUGCUGUCGCACGAAAACCUGGUCAGAACAAAUCUGUGGAGCUGGGUGGCUCAAGUUCUCGCGAUUCUCGAUUUAGUCAUUGCACGCAUCGCGGUCAUUGCGUUUCUGCUAUCGAUCCAAGGGAGAACGAUGUACAAGAGCCGAUAUCUUCUGUACGCUGUGGGCACAAUCCAGGCGCUGAUCAACAUCAUUGAAGUUGGCCUCAUCUUUCGCCAAUGCGAGCCGACGGAAAAGCUCUGGGAUGCCGAAGUCCCUGGGACAUGCGACAAUGUCGUGAUUUGCUCUCAGGUCGGAUUUGCGCAAGGGAGUAUCGGGGCGGCCGCCGAUUUUUUCCUGGCAUUCUAUCCAAUUUACAUUAUUGGAAGGUUGCAACUGAUGAAGCUAUCAACGAAGAUUGGACUAUGUCUCCUGAUGGGAGGUGGAUUAAUUGCAGGUAUCGCCGGAAUCAACAAGACAACUGCGAUCGCCUCCAUUACGCAUGCCGAAGACCUCACGUAUUCCAUUGCAAAACUCGAUACAUGGGUCCUGACAGAGAUGUGGUUUAUCAUUAUCUUCGGAUCAAUUCCCGUACUUCGACCCUUUUUUGUUCGAUUCACUCAGGAUAUCAAAGUUGCGACGGGACAUUCUUCUAGCACUAAAAAUUCCAGUGGCUCGGGUGAAAGUCGAAAUCAGCGAGAGUCCUGGGUACGAUUGAAUGAUAAUCCUCAGACAAACUUCGCGCCCCAUGGCUCUGCUUAUACCAGUGCCUCUCAUGAUACCGAGCACUCACAACGCAGACUUGCUGAAGCCACGGGGAAGCAGAUAUUGGUGACAAGGGAUACAAGUGUGGUGUCAGAGCGAUUCUAA